GGCAUCUCUGCAUUUUCUCUCGAAUCACACAACAUGAACGAGCUCGCUGCUCCCAGAAUAUUCUCUACCGCGCAUAUACCACCAAUGCAUUACCACUAUUAUUCAAGCCGAACCUCCCACCUCCACUUCCUCGCCACACCUCCCACACCUCCCACAGCUCAUUCCCGCCCAUCGACCACCACAUUACCACCGAAUCCCGUCCUUCGCUUAUCCUCUGCACCCUCUACUUCCACCUCGUCCUGCUCAGCAUCGUGAAACAUCCGGCCCGAUCGAGCCGUGCAGCUAGGGCGCGGAAUCAUGUGCCCUGGUUAUAGCACCCUUCUUAACGGG